AUGGACGCUCGGAAGAAGAAGAGAAAGGUGCUCUUGAUGGGCAAGAGUGGAUCGGGGAAGUCAUCCAUGCGCUCGAUCAUCUUCAGCAACUAUGUCGCAAAAGAUGUCCGGCGCCUUGGUGCGACGAUCGAUGUGGAGCACAGUCAUGUCAAGUUCAUGGGUAACCUGACAUUAAACCUGUGGGAUUGCGGAGGACAAGAUGCCUUCAUGGAAACGUACCUCGCCUCCCAACGCGGGAACAUCUUCUCCGACGUUGCAGUGCUCAUCUACGUGUUCGACAUUGAAUCAAGAGAAGUCGACCGAGACCUAGACACAUACCACGCAAUUAUCGAAGCACUCCGCGAAUUCAGUCCGAACGCCUACGUCUUCUGCCUCGUACACAAGAUGGAUCUAAUCCAAGCCGAGCACCGCCAACGCAUCUACGAAGAACGCUCAGCCUUGAUCCGCAGCCGCAGCGACAACUUCCGUGUAGACACCUUCGCCAGCAGCAUCUGGGACCAAUCGCUGUACAAAGCCUGGGCAGGCAUCGUCCACAAACUAAUCCCGAACCUAGUCGUGAUCGAGCGCUUCCUAACAGCAUUCGCAAAGAAGAUCCACGCCGAAGAAGUUAUCCUCUUUGAGCGAUCUACCUUCUUAACCGUGACAUCUGUCACAUCCGAAAUCGGUGAACUGAACCCCAUCUACGAUCGCCAUGAACGUCUAUCAAAUAUCAUGAAAGCCUUCAAACACUGCGCCGCCCGCAACACCCUGACCACACCAGCCUCGGCUGGCUUCGUUGUUAUGCACACCAAAACCCCCCAGUUCAAUAUCUUCCUCGGCCGCUUCACUGAUAAUACUUAUAUAUUCCUUGUCGUGCCGCCCGGCGAAGCCUCCUACAACUGCGCCGUUCUCAACACCAUGCUUGCCCGCGAGGGUUUCUCAAAGGCGGCUGCUGGCGGCCGUGGCGAUGGCUUCCCGCUUCCUCCGCCAGAUUCAGAGGAUAACGCGACCAAUGGAUAUGCCCCGUGA